AUGCUGGAACAAAGCAAGGAGAACCAAUACACGCAAGAUCUUCGUGCGAAUGCCACCUUCGACAGCGUUCGCUUAGCUUUCCCCUCCAUCGUAAAGUUGGCUUCGUACGUCCCGCUACCAUUCUUCUCUCAAGCUCACAAAGCAACACAGCGUAUGGUAUCUUACGCCGAAGAAUCUAUUCAUCGCUACAAGAAUACCAUGGAAGCCGAACCACAGAAUCCGAAACCUACCUUGUUUACAAAGCUUGUCAAGGCAGUCGGAGAGAGCAUGCCCGAAGCUGAAAUGAUAUCAAAUGCGCAAGCUUACAUAACAGCUGGAAGCGAGACGACUUCAGUUACUAUGACCUAUCUCACAUGGUCCGUUUGUCGAAAUGAUUCGAUUAAGGCAAGACUUCUUGAGGAAAUUAAAUCUUUGCCCGUUGACUACAAUGACCAAGAACUGAAGGCGUUGCCGUACCUGUCUCAAGUCAUCCAGGAGACUUUGAGAGUCUUUGGUUCCGCGCCGGCCCCUUUACCAAGGGACGUUCCAAAGAGCGGAGCUCACGUUGAUGGGUAUUGGAUGCCUGGCGGUACUGUUGUGCAGACCCAGUCAUACAGUAUGCAUAGAGAUGCAAGCAUAUACCCCAAUCCCGAGACAUUCGAUCCUUCGAGAUGGGAGUCACCUACAAAAGAGAUGAAAGACGCCUGGAUGCCAUUUGGUGCUGGUGCUCGAGGUAUGCCAUCUACCCUCAUUUACUCCUCAAAAACAAUCGUUGAUGAUAGUAGUCUGUAUUGGACUGAAUCUGGCGCAAAUGGAGCUUCGUGCGGCUACUGUUAG